AAUUAAUAUAACGGAAUAAUGGUAAUAUAUGGUGUUUACAUAGUAAGCAAGUCCGGUGGUCUUAUUUUCAACUAUGACCAUAAUAUUCCACGAGUUGAAGCAGAGAAAACAUUCGGUUUUCCAUUGGACAUCAAAUUGCAGUAUGAAAAUAAGAAAGUUAUCGUCGCUUUUGGACAACGAGAUGGGAUAAACGUUGGACAUAUGCUACUGUCGGUCAAUGGUACUCCAGUGAAUGGGCGCACCACAGAGGAUGGAAGAGAUGUUUUUGACAUCAUAGAAACCAAGGAAAACUAUCCUCUUAGUCUAAAGUUUGGCCGUGCCCGAGCAACCACAAAUGAGAAGAUAGUACUGGCCAGCAUGUUCUACCCAUUGUUUGCUCUAGCCAGCCAGUUAAGCCCUGUUCCCAAGUGCUCCGGAAUUGAGUCACUAACAGCAGACACAUUCAAGCUCUCCUGUUUCCAGACAUUAACAGGAGUGAAGUUCAUUAUAGUGACAGACCCCUCCAUGCAAGGUGCAGAAGUGGUUCUCAAGAGGAUCUAUGAGCUUUAUUCUGACUAUGCACUGAAGAACCCUUUCUACUCACUAGAGAUGCCCAUCCGGUGCGAACUGUUUGAUACCUCGCUGCACACACUGCUGGAGCUGGUGGAGAAGUCUGGCACCGCCAACUUAUAGUGCCGGGCUUAACUUGAGUUUAUUAAGAG